AUGUUUUUCCUGUCUCCCCAGAUCCAGCUCGGCUGGCUCUACCAGUUCAUGGGCGUCUUGAUCGGAUCAGCAGUGGCGCCCAUCUGCUACGUGGCCACAUGGUCUCGCUUGACAGGGCCCGCAACAGUCGCCGGCGCCUGGAUCGGAAUGAUCGGAGGCCUCACAGCCUGGCUGAUCUACAGCGGCACCUCGCAACAGAUCGUCAACUCCGUCCAGUUGCCCGUCGGUCUUUCAGAUUUCUUCGCCAAAACCGGUACCGCCAGGCCCAGCUCUUGA